CCGCCUCUUUGGUAAAAUCCCCAUGACGUAAACGCAAACCAUUACGGAAGUAAACUAGGCGACCAAACGGGGACAGAAACCCGUAUUAGUUUCGUGUCUUGGCUUGCCUAACAGUUACAGACUUUCAGAUACACUGUCGUCAUGUUGGGAGGAGGAUUCAAAGGAGAAAGGCUAAGAGUUAACCUGCGGCUGGUCAUAAACCGACUUAAACUCCUAGAGAAGAAGAAAACUGAGCUCGCCCAAAAGGCAAGGAAGGAGAUUGCAGAUUACUUGUCCUCUGGCAAGGAUGAGCGGGCCCGGAUUCGUGUUGAACACAUCAUCAGAGAGGACUACCUGGUUGAAGCCAUGGAGAUCCUUGAGCUGUACUGUGAUUUGUUGCUCACUCGUUUCGGCCUCAUCCAGUCCAUGAAGGAACUAGAUCCAGGCUUGCAAGAGGCAGUGUCCACUCUCAUCUGGGCAGCACCACGCCUCCAGUCAGAGGUGUCUGAAUUGAAGAUUGUUUCUGAACAACUAUGUGCAAAAUACAGCAAGGAAUAUGGCAAGCUGUGCAGAACAAACCAGAUUGGCACUGUCAACGACAGGCUGAUGCACAAACUGAGUGUGGAGGCUCCUCCCAAGAUUCUAGUGGAGCGCUAUCUGAUAGAGAUAGCUAAGAACUACAAUGUGCCAUAUGAGCCUGAUGCUAUGGUCCGGCCUGAAGUGUGUACUGGAGAGGAGGCAGACCUAAUUGAUGUGGAUACAGACAGGAAGAAUGGAGGUGGAAGCGGUGGAGGUGGUUUCUUUGCUCCUCCUACUACAGCUAUGCCCAUGCCCAUGCCCAUGCCUAUGUCUAUGCCUAUGCCAACAGCUUUUAACUACCCACCUCCAAAAGGAGCGGAACCUUUUCACCCUUCGGUUGGAACCUACAACAGCUUCCCAGUUGCAGGAGGGCAGCCCCCUCAGCUGCCUACUUCUCCCCCCACAUACGAGUCCAUUGAUGACUUCAAUGACAAAGGUUCUGUUCCUUCUCAGGCUGUAGGUCCUACUCCUGCACCUCGUCACUCGUUUGACCACAACAACCUACCAGAACUUCCCUCCGUUCCCGACACACUCCCCAGCUCCUCCCUGGGUGGACACAACACCAAUUCGGACGACAUCGACUUUGACGAUUUGACACGGCGGUUCGAGGACCUGAAAAAGAAGACCUAAUCUGUGACACUGGUGGUCUGCGUACCUUAUCUCACAGGCCUGUGUCGUUACCUACACAAGCCAGAACAGGAAAUGGGGAAACAUUUAGGGUUUUGAAUCAGUUUUGGGAAGUUCUCCUCCCCAAUUUUUCCCAUAUAAAGUAAUUUUACACAGAUUUUAAAUAUACAUGUACUCUUACCUCAUUUUCACAAAUAUUACCAACUUACUGAAGGUGUGAGUGCUCACCAACUACCCAACCCUGUCUUUUCUUUAUCGGAAGGGCCACAUGAUUUUUUCCCCAAAUAGCAAAAUUUAUAUAUAUAUAUUCAAAAUUACAAUCAUGAGGCUGCUGAGACCUUUUCACUUGUUUUCAUUUAAGGUCAUGCUGCCUUUUUACUGUUUCAAAAUAAACCUGAGUGAAUCAACUAUUUAAUCAAAUCAAGAUUUUACUUGCUUUUCCUAUGGUUUGGGGUUUGACUAAUAAAUACAGUCUAUGCCUUGGCUCCAAUUGGUGCAUGUUGAUGCCGCUGUAAUCUUUUCCACUGUGUUUAUUCGCCAUGUCUCAGAGCAGUCAGACAAGUCCGACAGGUUUUCCCACUGGGAUAGGAAACGGUCAUUGGCGCUUAAUGAAGUCAUAUCUUCUCGCAGCAGUUUCAUAAGGAAAUCGGACACGGAAGCCAUAUCUCCUGUGGUGUGCAGUCCUUGUAGUCGUAACACUGUGGAACUGAGGAUUUUGAAGCGACAUCAUUCGCUGAGCUACUUCAAUGACAGGAAGAAGGUGUGUGUGAGGCCUUGAGGAAAAGCGAGCAGUGAAAUCACAAAACCUAUGUGGUAGUUGAUCGGGCUUUGUUGUAAAAGUACAAAAGAAAAAGUGUAUUAAACCAUUUAUAUAGAACAUUUACAGUAAUAUAGAUGAUUAUUUGCGCAAGUGAUUUACAGAUAAACCAAAAGAUGUUUGGCAGCAGGGCUUUGUUCAUUAUUUGAAGAAGCUGUUUUAUAAUUCCUGCGUCUGAAAAAUACUUCUCCCGCCUCCUUUUGAAUGUCUGUUUUACCAAACACUUAUACUGUAACAUUACUGAAUUACAUAAUUUACAAGCACUCCUUUUAGGUGCACCGCAUAUGAUUGGAUCUAGUGUUUUGACUCCAGAAGUGAUCAUUUUAUCCUGUUUUCUGCGAACGUGUGCAUGGGUCUUAUACUGUAUGUCCACCGCUGCAUUUGCCUUAGCUGUCGUCUCUCAUCCGAGGCCUUGCCAGUCUGUGGAAGGAUUAAGCACUUGUCAUCCAUUAAGACUGGAGUCAUAUUACCAGUUUGUUGUUAUGUAACAAAUUCCUUCUCUUAUUUGGUAAAUUUAUGCUUUGGAAAAGUAACAGUCUGCUUUGUCAAUAGGGAAAAGAGUUCUUGUGAAAAAAAAAACAAAAAAAACGGGGUUUUAUUUUUGUGCAGACAUGACGCAUUGCUGUAACCUUACCACACCCAGCACUGCUUGCAUGGCACUGAGCAACGGCCUUGUGAACAGUGAUUCAGCAGUUUCUGGAAACACAAGGAGUGGCUUUCAGGCUGGAUUGUAAACAAUGUUUUUUCUGUUUUACAUAUUUUGUAGGAUGUAAAGCGAGAUUGACACUACAGAGCUGUGACCUGCUCCAUAUUUUUUUCUAUGUUAGACUUUUCUAUCAUUCUGUUUCUUUAGGCACAAAAGGUGUCAGGUUGAAAGAGAUUUGUUUUUUCACAAUGUACGCUAACAUAAAAAUUUAAUAAAUGACUGUUUGGAACUGGA